CGCCUCCCAGGCAUUCGGCCAGCCGCGUCUCGCCCUCCUUCUUCCUUCUAGCUCCUUUCCUUCCUUCCUUCCCUCCUUCCGCCAGGCGCGAUGGAGCCCGGACGCGGGGUGGUCGUGGCGCUGGUGGUGCUGCUGUGCGCCGGUUGCGCGCUGCGCCCCGCGUUUGCCCAGUUUGAGCGCUACAGCUUCCGCAGCUUCCCGCGGGACGAGCUGAUGCCGCUCGAGUCGGCCUACCGGCACGCCCUGGACCAAUACAGCAGCGAGCACUGGGCGGAGAGCGUGGGCUACCUGGAGAUCAGCCUGCGGCUGCACCGUCUUCUGCGCGACAGCGAGGCCUUCUGCCACCGCAACUGCAGCCAGGUGCCCGAGCCCGAGCCCGCUCCCGGCCUCGCCCGCUACCCCGAGCUGCGCCUCUUCGGAGGCCUGCUGCGCCGAGCGCACUGCCUCAAGCGCUGCAAGCAGGGCCUGCCAGCCUUCCGCCAGUCGCAGCCCAGCCGCGAAGUGCUGGCCGACUUCCAGCGCCGCGAGCCUUACAAGUUUCUGCAGUUCGCCUACUUCAAGGCAAAUAAUCUUCCGAAAGCAAUCGCAGCUGCCCACACCUUUCUACUGAAGCACCCCGAUGACGAAAUGAUGAAGAAAAACAUGGCCUAUUACAAGAGCUUGCCUGAUGCUGAGGACUACAUUAAAGACCUGGAAACCAAGUCAUAUGAGAGCCUGUUCAUUCGAGCUGUGCGGGCGUACAAUGGCGAGAACUGGAGGACGUCCAUCACCGACAUGGAGCUGGCCCUUCCCGACUUCUUCAAAGCCUUUUACGAGUGUCUUGCAGCCUGCGAGGGCUCCAGGGAGAUCAAGGACUUCAAGGACUUCUAUCUGUCCAUAGCAGAUCAUUACGUGGAAGUUCUGGAAUGCAAAAUACAGUGUGAAGAGAACCUCACGCCUGUCGUCGGAGGCUACCCAGUGGAGAAAUUUGUGGCUACCAUGUAUCAUUAUUUACAAUUUGCUUAUUAUAAGUUGAGCGACCUGAAGAACGCAGCCCCCUGUGCGGUCAGCUACCUGCUCUUUGACCCCAGCGACCAGGUCAUGCGGCAGAACCUGGUGUACUACCAGUACCACAGGGACAAGUGGGGCCUGUCCGACGAGCACUUCCAGCCCAGACCGGAAGCGGUUCAGUUCUUUAACGUGACUACGCUCCAGAAAGAGCUGUAUGACUUUGCAAAGGAAAAUAUAAUGGAUGAUGAUGAGGGGGAGGUUGUGGAAUACGUGGAUGACCUCUUGGAGCUGGAGGAGACCAGCUAGUCCACAGCAGCCAGAGAGACUUCCCUUUGACGUUCAGGAAACACAGAUUCUUCGCCUUCCCUUUCCCCGUAGCCCAAGUUGUUGAUACCUCAAAGCCUUCUCUUUACUCUGGGAAGUGAAAGGGAAGCCCCAUCUCUCACUCCACAUAACAAGGGGUGAGCCUGCCUUCCCCGUGACCCCACCUGCCUCCCCCUCUUCACACCUGUUUUCUCCAUGUUCAUACCUGCCUUUCUCGCCACUGUGGUCGGAAGGAGAGUCUCUAUUUGUUUCUCCAGAAAAACUUAAUACUAUUUUUUAAAUAAGAAAAAUACUCCUAAAAGAUGAUAAAUUGUGAAAACCUACUUGGACCUUUCUGCUCUUCCAGAUGUUAGUCUUUUUUACCCCUGUGCCCCCAUCCAGGAAAGCUGGUGGAAGACAAGGGCUAAACUUCCACACGUCCGUGGCGGUCUGCACGUGGUCUGACCUGCACCAUUUCUGGCACCCCCUGAAAAAGAAGUUGGAUGACGGCGUGCAGUGCAGAACUAUGGCUUUUGCUCCACACAUUUGCAUCUCCUAAGUCCUAUGGUGGUUGGUCUGUUCCAGUUGAGGAAAAGACCCAGUUGCCAGGCACCACGUUGGAAAUGGCAGAAAGCAGAGGGAGUCUUGUUUCAUGUGUUCCUUCAAUAAAUAUUUAUUGAGCACCUCCUACGUGCUAGGCAUUGACCUGCCAACUGGAGAUUCUGCACAGAAUAAAAGGAAAAAAGUC